CAAAAUCUUUAACAUUUCGGAUUAAGCUCAAUAUAUCAAAAUGAUGAAAUCAAUAGUGUUAUUGAUGAUUUUUGGAAAUGUGGCUUUUGGUCAAUUUGGUGGAUUUGGCGGAGGUGGACGCGGUGGUGGUGGUUUACCAUUUGGCAAUAUAGCUAAUGUUGCACAACAACCAUUUAAUUAUUUAAGAAAUUUUGUUCCAAAUAAUUUUGAUAAAUUCACAGGCAUUAAUGUUAAAACUUUUGCUGAUUUUGUUGCUCAAACUGGAAAAAAAUAUGCUACAGAAGCUGAAAAAACACUUCGUGAAGGAAUAUUUAAACAAUCUUUAGAAAAAAUUGAUAAACAUAAUGCUGAUUUUACAAGUGGAAAGAGCUCAUAUGAAUUAGGUAUUAAUCCAUUCGGUGAUCUAAAAUUAAAUGAAUUUGUUAGUGGAAUGACUGGACGCAGAAAGCAUACAGAGAGAGGCUCAGCAACCACCCAUAAAAAUCAAGCUGGACCACCAGCCACAGUAGCAGUACCAGAUUGUUUUGAUUGGCGUGAAAAAGGUGGUGUAACUGAAGUUAAAUUCCAAGGUCUUGAAUGUGGAGCUUGUUGGUCAUUUGCUGUUACUGGAGCAAUUGAAGGACAUUGGUUCGCUAAAAAUGGUGAAUUAGUUUCAUUAUCAGAACAAAAUUUAAUUGAUUGUGCUGUCGAAGAUCCAUACGGUAAUACAGGCUGUGAUGGUGGUUUCCAAGAUUAUGGUUUUGAUUAUGUAUUGGAUAAUAGAGGUAUCGCUGCUGAAACCAAAUACCCAUAUGUAGAAGAAACUGGAAAACAAUGCUUAUAUAAUGAAACAAUUAAAGCAGCUUCGAUUACUGGUUAUUCAAUGAUUGAACCUGGUAAUGAAGAAAAAAUGAAACAAAUUAUAGCAACUAAAGGUCCUUUAGCUUGUUCAGUUAAUGCCGGUGAAGAUAGUUUCCAAUUAUAUAAAUCUGGAAUUUAUGAGGAUCAAAAAUGUAAUGAAGGUGAAGUAAAUCACUCAAUUUUGGUUGUCGGUUAUGGUACCGAAAAUGGAAGAGAUUAUUGGAUAAUUAAAAAUUCAUGGACCAAUAAAUGGGGAGAAGGUGGUUUUAUGAAAUUACCAAGAAAUGCAAAUAGUUUUUGCGGCAUAGCUUCCGAAUGUAGUUUCCCAAUCGUUUAAUACUAUUACGUUGUAUGCAAGUUGACUUUUUUUUACUUUAUAAGUUCUUAAAAUAAUAUUGUUUAUUAUUAAAAUAAGAAUAUAAAUUAUGUUAUAAAAAAUUAUUUUUUGAAAAUAAUUUAGUUUUUGGAUGGUUUUUAAAAAUCUAAUCCGAAAUUCAUUCUCAAUUUUAAUAAACAACAUUUUACCUUGAA